CUCACAACCUGUUGACUGCAAACCUACUGCAAGAAGAGCAAGAAGAGAAAUAACUGACUGAAGCCAUGAUCUCCACAUUACAGAGAACCAUUAGACCAGUCUGGGCUAGCAGAGGGCUGCAUAACUCUGCAGUGGAAGCCUUAAAGUACCAGGCACCUGGGGACACAGUCACGGCCAGCUAUGGGAAGUUCAUCAGUGAGAUAAAGCCCCAGCACUUGUCCUCAGUGGUGCUUCACCGCAGUAAAAGAAUGGUGCUGGACAGCAUUGGAGUUGGUAUGAUUGGCAGCACAACAGACGUGUUUGAACUGGCCCUUCAGCACUGCCAGCACAUGUAUGCUCCUGAUGACAUCAGCUCUAUCUAUGGACGCACAGGCACAAGGCUCUCCCCGACACUGGCAGCUUUCGUCAAUGGAGUGGCCACUCACUCCAUGGACUUUGAUGAUACAUGGCACCCUGCCACUCAUCCCUCAGGAGCAGUCCUUCCUGCUGUGUUAGCACUCAGUGACAUGAUGCCUGCUAGUAAUAAACCCAGUGGCCUGGACUUCCUGCUGGCAUUCAACGUUGGGAUUGAGAUCCAGGGCCGAUUAAUGAGGUUCUCUAAUGAGGCCCACAACAUCCCUAAGAGGUUUCACCCUCCCAGUGUGGUGGGCACCAUGGGAAGUGCAGCUGCCUGUGCUCGCCUCUUGUCUUUGGACCACUCCAAGUGCAGUCAUGCCUUGGCUAUAGCUGCUUCUCUAUCUGGGGCCCCAAUGGCUAAUGCUGCCACUCAGUCUAAACCCCUCCACAUUGGUAAUGCCUCACGUCUGGGGCUUGAGGCUGCUCUGCUGGCCUCCCGAGGCCUAGAAGCGAGUCCUCUGGUCCUGGAUGCUGUUGCUGGGGUGGCUGGCUUCAAUGCAUUUUAUGAAGACUAUGUACCACAGCCUUUAGAAUCACCCAAUAAGAACGGCCAUAUGUUCCUGCUAGAGGAGCAGGACAUAGGCUUUAAACGCUUCCCUGCCCAUCUGGGGAUGCACUGGGUGGCAGAUGCUGCAGCCUCAGUCCAUAAGCUUCUUGUUGGGUUUGGCCCUGGCACUGUCUCUCCAGCUCAAGUCAAAGACAUCCUGCUCAGAGUCCCCAAAUCAAAGUACAUAAACAGGCCUUUCCCCGACUCUGAGCAUGAGGCACGCCACUCCUUCCAGUUCAAUGCUUGCAGUGCUCUCCUGGAUGGCGAGGUGACUGUGCAGUCCUUCACACCCGCUGCCAUGAUGCGCCCUGACCUUUUCGCUCUGCUGAGCCGUGUGCGUGUGGAGCAUCCUCAGGACAACCCAGCUAAUUUCAACCUCAUGUAUGGAGAAGUCCAGGUGACACUUGUUGGGGGAGACAUUCUGAAGGGACGCUGUGACACCUUCUAUGGUCACUGGCGCAACCCACUGACCAAUGAGAGCCUGAAGAAGAAGUUCAGGAACAACGCGGGGGCGGUGCUUCCCUCAGAGAAGGUUGAGAAGCUGAUCGAUGUGGUGGAGGAGCUGGACAGACUCGGGGACUGCAGGGACCUUCUCUCCGAGCUGCAAUGAAUGGAUAACAUUAAAACAAACAUU